UCUUUCUCUUCCCCCUCCCUAUCCCUCUCUCUUCUCUCGCUCAGCUCCCUAAGAUUAAAGAGAAAAUGCUGCUAUCAGUGACUUCCAGGCCUGGGAUUCCGACUUUUGGCUAUAACAAGAACAACAAGAAGCCAUAUGUGUCAUUGGCUCAGCAGAUGGCACCACCUAGUCCAAGCAACAGUAACCCUAGCAGCAGCAGUGGGAGCAAUGGAAAUGACCAGCUGAGCAAAACCAACCUGUACAUCCGGGGAUUGCAACCAGGCACUACUGACCAGGACCUCGUUAAGCUAUGUCAGCCAUAUGGCAAGAUUGUCUCCACAAAGGCCAUACUGGACAAGACCACAAACAAAUGCAAAGGCUAUGGCUUUGUGGACUUCGACAGUCCUUCAGCAGCACAGAAGGCUGUAACCGCGCUGAAAGCCAGUGGUGUGCAGGCACAGAUGGCAAAGCAACAGGAGCAGGACCCCACAAAUUUAUACAUCUCAAACCUCCCACUGUCAAUGGAUGAGCAAGAAUUGGAGGGGAUGCUGAAGCCCUUUGGCCAGGUUAUCUCUACGCGAAUCCUUCGAGACACCAGUGGGACCAGCAGAGGGGUUGGCUUUGCAAGGAUGGAGUCCACAGAGAAGUGUGAAGCCAUCAUCACCCACUUUAAUGGAAAAUAUAUUAAGACACCCCCUGGAGUACCAGCCCCAUCUGAUCCCUUGCUUUGCAAAUUUGCUGAUGGUGGGCCAAAGAAACGACAGAACCAAGGAAAAUUUGUGCAAAAUGGACGGGCCUGGCCAAGGAAUGGAGAUAUGAGUGGCAUGGCCUUGACCUAUGACCCCACCACAGCUCUUCAGAAUGGGUUUUACCCAGCUCCUUAUAACAUCACUCCCAACAGGAUGCUUGCUCAGUCCGCACUAUCCCCAUAUCUUCCAUCUCCUAUGUCUUCGUAUCAGAGAGUGACUCAGACAUCUCCUCUACACGUACCUAACGCAUCUUGGAUGCACCACCAGUCAUACCUCAUGCAGCCUUCAGGUUCAGUUCUGACGCCAGGGAUGGAUCAUCCCCUUUCUCUCCAGCCUGCCUCCAUGAUGGGACCUCUGACCCAGCAACUGGGCCAUCUCUCCCUCAGCAGCCCGGGCGCGUAUAUGCCAACAGCUGCAGCUAUGCAGGGAGCAUACAUCUCCCAGUACACCCCUGUGCCUUCUUCCAGUGUUUCAGUUGAGGAGAGUAGCGGCCAGCAGACUCAAGUGACAGUGGAUACUCCCUCAGACCAUGGGAUCUAUUCUUUCCAGUUCAACAAGUAACAGUGGAUUGUUCUUUUUCUCUUCCAUACAGCAGAGCCUGCCUACUUGGCCUUUAUACAAUUUUUAAUUUUGUGGAUUUCUUUUUUGAAUUAAAUUUCGUGUGGAAUAUUUUGGGGGCUGGGCAAGGAACAAAGUGGAGCACUAAACACGCCCUGGGAGUGGCUUUUCCUCCGCCUGCCCUGCCAUCUCCUGGGAGAAAAGACUGACUAGCCUUGCCUCAGGAAGCAGACAUGUGACCUAGACUCAUGAAAGAGACAAUCCCGCGGCCUCUGGAAGCCAGCCACCCUUGAGCCAAAUUUGGAUGAAGACUGCGUCUACCCUGGCAAGUUCCAGAAGAAUGGACUUAGUGACUUCUGACUAACUCUGCUCACUGCUGGCGCCCGCACACCUGAGGACGUGUCUUUUGCAGCUGCGAUUCUUCAGGAAUACCUGCUUUCCUGCCUCCUAGAGAAUCUUUUUUUCUGCCCUGGGUCCCGCGGCCACUCUUUUCCCCAUUACACAUCGCUGCACCCAGCCCAGAGCCUGUGCAGCUGUGACUUUGCUGAAGCCACUUAGGCUCCUUCCCCACUGUAGGUGGUCAGCGUUUCACCUAUAGAGACCAGUGGUUUUCCGCCGGAGGUGAUGUUGUCCCUCAGGGGACUUUUGGCAAUAUCUGGAGACAUUUUUUAUUGUUAUGCCUGGGGUAUGCUACUAGCAUCUAGUGAGUAGAGACCAGGGAUGCUGCUCAACAUCCUACAGUGCACAAGACAGGCCCCCACAACAAAGAAUUAUCUGGCCCACAAUGUCAGUUGUGCCUAGGUUGAGAAACCCUGAUAGGCGGUGUCGUCCCUGCCUCCUGCACAGUAGGACUUGGUAAAUUCCCCACCCCCACCCUGGACACACAGUGCCUUUUGAUACACGUGCAGUUAGUUGGGAGACACAGAACUGAGGUCCUUGAGUCCCCUUCAGGCUUUGACCUUUGGCACCUCUGCAUCUAGCAAAACCCGUCCUUGAAAGGAUUGUGGCUGUGGGUUCCUAGGCCAUGUGUGCACACGUAUGCAGCGGGAUGGAGGUCAGGGCUGUGUGUGUGUGCUGUGCAGGGGUGGGAAAGGACAAGCUGCCGUUAACAGUCCAGAGCAACAUGCCCUGACUUGUUUGGGCCCCUUUCCUAGGGAACCCAGGUCGUCAGAAAUAAUUUUCCUUCUUGUGGAAGGACAACAGGGAGCUAGGCUAGAAAACUGGGCAAUAAAUCCCAUCUCAAGGUCAGGAGUCGUGAAAAAAAAAAGCCUACAUCUUGCUGUUCAACUCAGUCUCCUUCUGUAAGACCUGACUCCAUGCACGUGGAGACAGAUGGGUAGAAAGCCUUUGCCCAUCUUUUAGGAAAUAAGCUCCUGCACUUGUCUUCUCCCAGGCACUCCCUUACCCACUGAAAGGUGAAUUCUGCUCUCCUUCACUUCAAGGCUAGCACUUCACCAGACAAUCAGGACAGAAAGCCAAAUGAUGGAGAAUGGAGAAACAGGUGUGUGUUAGGAAUGGCAAAACAGGCUGCAGGGAAGAUGGCAGAGGGAAAAGGAGCCAUAGUAAGGGUUGUUGCGAAUAGAACUUGAGCCCAGGUUUCCUGCUCCCACCUACCCCAGAAUUGAGAGUCACAAGGCUCCCUACCCCCAGACUGUCCCUUUGUACAUCCUAGGAGUAAGGAAGUGGGGGCAGUGGGUAGGAUAUAAAGUGUAGAAGACAAAAUGCCACUAUGAAGUUUCUCAUGGGUGCUUCCAGCCUCAGGAAGGGCUUAUCCAAUGUAAAAUGGCUGCAAGCCCAGUAACCUUUUAGAAGCGUUUGGCUGGGUAGAUAACUGGGUAGAUAGCUCUUGUUCUCGCGUCUCUAGCCCUCAGUCAAGGAAAGUACACCAUAGCUGCUUUCUUGUCAUUGGCCUUUAAGAGAGAAAACAAAUCCAGAAUCCUGUUCAUCUGAUUGACAGUAGACUGGGGGAGCCUUGCUAUGAUAGGUUUAGUGCAAUGGGGGCCUUUCAUGUACAGAAACUGCUGCUGUUCACUGCUGCCUCCCCUCCCCCAUCCCCCCACCACCCAGAACUCCUGAUUCUGUCUGCCUUCUCUGUAUUUAGACAAUGCUUACGUGGCCAUGAUUUUUUUGUUUUAAAUUCUGAGGUUGCCAUUUGUGUGUCUUCCUCCUGUAAAUCUGCUUGUUGGAUUCUGUAUAUUUCUGGCUUGGGCAGGUUUGGGCAUAUGAAGCGAUGGGGAGCCUGAAGUUAUUUUUGGAGUGAGUGAGUGGCUAAUGGCACUGAGGAAUUUCGUUUAGGUGCUUUUGGGUUACUUACACUCAUAAUAUUUUUUCCCCUAGUUGUUAGUUCCUUUCUAAGAUUGGAGAAAAGGAGGGAGAAGGAAUGAGGGGUACUUUUUCUCCCAUGAAACAAUCUAUUGGUGGGGGUGGUGGCAGGAGCUCAGAACUCCAGGAGAAUUGUAGGAAGCCUUCCAGCUCUACAGCCUUGGGCUGGCUCUUUCAACACUACUUUUUAUUAGGGUGGAGGAGUCCAUUGUUGUCCUGUCUUUCACCUAGUAUUUUCUGAAUCUUGUCUUCGCAGAGCCCAGAUCUUAACUCUCUCUGCACUUCACAUCUCUUCCUCACUCAUUACAGAUGCUCACAGCAUUCUUAAAAUAUUUUAGUACUUUGUGUUUUAACUGUUUUCAAACAAAUAUACCACAGUCCCUUCCUCAGAUGGUACAAUCCUUUACAAUGCUCAGAUACUGCCCAUCUCAUCUCAUGCCAGCAUUGUUACUGCUCCCCUCAGCCUCCAGGAUGAUACUCAGACCCUGAGCUGGUUGGACUUUUUGGAAAGGAAUAGAGGUUAGGGAGGAUGUGGGAACAAUUUUGGGGAAGGAAUUAUUUUUUAAAUGUUUUUAACCAAAGAAUUUGAAGCGCUGCCCAGACUAGGAAGCCUGGUGGCUCUGGAGAGGUAACAGAUCUUUUCAGUGAUAGAUAGGCGUGGUAGGGAGAAUAUUCCUUGCCCUGAGGGUGAAGACCAGACUUUACUGCCCUACAGACCAUUCCUGGGUUGGGCCACCUCAGUCCAUUUCCGUUUCUCUUCCUUUCCUAACUGCUCAUCAGUGAACUCAUGCACUUCCCUUGGUGCCUCCAGUGCUCACUUCCUGUUGCUCCAAUGUCAACCCAUUGCGGGCUGGAGCCUACAUGUGGGGCUGUUACUUUGCACCAUAAAGGUGCUGUGAGAGGCCUUGCUGAAAUGUUGCAGGGAUCCCAGACUACUAGUUCCUUUCUAGAAAAGGAACUAUUGCUGCUCUCUUGUCCACGUGCCCCACCUUCUGGGAGAGUGGCAGCAUUGCACUCAAAAGGGGCUACUUUGCCUUCUUAAUCUAGGCCAAUAAACUCGGGAGGAUGGGCAGGUCCAAAUUUGCCCUCAGGCUUUGCUAGACCUCAUUCAAGCAGGCUUCAGAGAAGAGGGUGUUAAGAAAUUUCACCAGUGAGGGGUAGAUUUUAAAUUUUGCCCCCGAUUCCCUGAUGCUUCCUGAUACCCUCUUCCGAAAACCAACUACUCCUUCCAUUUCUGUGCUACCUGCAUUUUAGGUUCUUCCAAGCAUCAGCAGAUCUCUGAAGUUCACUAGCAACUUUCACCCCUUCCUUCCCUAGAGUCUUCCUUCAGCAGCUGAGACCAGCCAGUGAGCUCAUUACCCUUCUGAUCUUUGCUGCCCUUCCGUAGGGCUGGUCCCAUGACUGUAGUGAUGAAAAGGCCGGGCACCUUCUCACCUGUUAUCACUGAUCUUGCGCCCUGACUUGUCCACAUCUGUUUUGAAUAAACCUUCAUUCUCCAAGCACAUCCCAAAACUUCUUGUCCUUGUUACACAUCUACCUCACAGUCUCACAGGUGAACAAGGGCACAAGCACCUGGUUUAUGGCUUUCUUUUAUUCUGUCCUUCCCUUCGUGAGGGUUGGGUGGAAAGCUGGGGGCUAGAAAGUUCAUAAUCAAAUGCAAAAACUCUUUUGGUUAUGUCUAUUUCUGGAAUGUCUUCUCUGGGAUUUUUUUUAGCUAACUAAUCUCCUUAGCAGAGUAUGAACUCUCCAGUUAGGGUCCUGCUGUGGUAUAGAUUGUGCAUAUUAACUGACACCCCCUAGGAUACUAACUGAUGCUUGGGAGGCGCCCCCAGGAACACCAACAUUGGAGCAGAGCUUAGAAUUUAAGGGGAUAAAAGAGAGUUGGCCAGCCAUACAGUUGAGAAGGUAACCAAGCACCUUCUGGAAGGUGGGAGCUAGAAGCAACUGGAUAGUUACCUCUCCACCUUAACAUCGUUAGACUGUUCACCAAGACAAAGCUUCCAGCCUGGAGGGUAAGGCGACUUCCCAGCCUGAGUAGAUAAAGUCCCCCCGCCCCAUUACUGGUGUCUCCACUUCCCAACACACCUUUUCUGGCCUUGUGGGGCAGGUGAGUGCUCUCCUGCAUGUACUUACCACCUUGGACAGGAAAUUAAUUUAUACUCCAACAUUUUGUACAUUUUUUUUCUUUAUUCAGAGGUUUCUAGUUUUGUACUCUUUCCAUGUCUAUGCCAAUGCCACCCUUGCAGCUUAUUCUUCCUUUUCUGACCCUCGGUCUUCCCAUGUUCCUUCCCUACAAUUUGGUAGAGUUACAUUUUGUCUUAUUUCAACUUUUGUUUUGAAAUAAAACACAAAAGUCUAUUUCCUGGUGUCUUAUCCAUGGGUGGGAGGUGGGAUGUCGGUGAUGGGACCAUGUUUGCUACUAUAGGAGCACCCGCGGCAGCUUUAGGAAGCUAAACCAUGUCUCACAAGAUGGGACGUGGGCACACCGAAAACCACUUGGUUCUAGCACUCCCACCAGAUUUCUAGGCAGGAGCACAAAGAGCCUAUUCCACCCAUGUAUGCCCAGGUGUGAAGCAGGGAUCCUACUUCUGGAUGCCCCUUGCACAGGAAGGCCAAGUGUGGAGGUUUAUGGGCAUAUUGCUCCCCUGAUCUCUUUCUUACAUUAAACCAGUCAGAACCAUCCUAGCAUCCUCUCCCCCUUAGGCAUGUGUGAGAACGUAUGCUGAAGGGAAGAUAAAUACGCAGAGUCUUUUGAAUCUCUAUCAAAUGUGGUUUUUAUUCAACUGACAAGCACUUUUCUACAGCUGCACUUGUGGAACAUCACAUGGCAAAAACAGGAGUUUUUUUUUCUCUAGACCUUUUUUUUUCCUUUUUUAACCUUAUUAAAAAUGAGAUUGGUCCUAAAAAUAUAGAAAGAAAUAAAUUUAAAUUCACAAAAAACUGUACAUUAUCAAAAAGUCACUAAAACACCACAUUUGGUUAUAUAAAAAAGUCAGUCCCUUUUGUUGUAAAAGGAACAUGGAAGCUUGGUGGUGAUGGUGUGGUUUCUUCCUGUUACCAGACUGAUAGGGGGAGGGGGUGGGGUGUUUUUUUUUUUGUUUUUUUUUUUAAAACCUGCCUUCCCUAUCAAUCAAAAUACUCUUAUUUGUCAAGAAGAGACAAUCCACCUAGCUCAAGGGGCAGUGUGAAAAUGAAAGAAAAGUGAGAAAUGGCCCCUUGGGUCAAGCCCUACUCCUAUCCCACCCCCCUUCAGCCUCUACCUCUUCAAGCUGAGGCUAGGACUCCCAACCCACCUUAAGAAUGCCUGGUCCCUAGGGAAAGAGAUGGAGCUGGGAGAGGAACACAAAGCAGGAACAACUGAGGUUUCACUCCCCCUUCCGCCUCACCUCCAAUAAUAAAAUGAAUCUAGGACAUUUUAUACCAGGGGAAAACUGCCAUGGGGAAAAAGAGGAGCCCCCAACUCUAACAAUUCCAAAUAUUUAACUAACACAAAGUUUGUUACAGCGCAAUUAUUUAGAUAAAAUAUAAAUAUUUAUGCAUAAUAUAAAGUCAAUUCAAAUAUUCUUCAAUCCACCUCUUAUUUAAAAGCAAAAAAAAAAAA